AUGGCUGCAUACCAGACCAGCUCGGGCAGUUCUGAGCCUCCACAGACUGCUGCUACCGCUGGUGCACAAUCAUCUGGUCCUCGCUCUGGUCCAGCUCCGCAUACGAGAACCUAUCAAGCGUGCAUUCCAUGCCGACGCCGGAAGGUCCGGUGUGACCUAGGGCCAGUGGAUAAUCCUCACGAUCCACCAUGCACGCGAUGUCGCCGUGAGAGUAAGGAAUGCUAUUUCAGUGCUACCAGGCGCAAGCGGAAGACAAGUGAGGAUGCGGACGAGGAUGAUGGUGAAGUGUCAGACUAUGAGGUUCGCAAUGGGAGAAAGAAGGCAAGACCAUCGCAUAGCCUCACACCAACGGCGCAGCAUGUUGCGCCAAUGCUGGAGACACCGAUGUAUGUCCCAAAUAACAUACCCCGCCCUCUGACGCCUGGAGGAUCGUUGGGACGACCACAGCCUCUGAGACGCCCUACGCAAGACGGAAGUCGGCCCCCAUUUCCAAAAGUCGAGGAUGAUGAUAUUCAUAGUCCAGAGCCACAAGUGGUUUUACAAGAUCGAGAAGUCUUCAAUGGACAUGACGCUUUGAACCUACUGUUUGAAGCUGCAGGUCGGAAUGGGGAUAUUGAACAACAUCAUCGGACAGGCAGUUCGGGAAGCAUGAACAUGCAUCGUCCUCGAAAUUCAGGUGGUAUUUCACCAGGAACUGCAAGCUUGACAAGCCCUCGCACAGUUGGAAGUAAAAGCGCUGCAACGACGGGACCUACUUCUGGAAACAUACCAAGAAGCGCUGGUCCAGACAUGACAUAUGGUCUUGAGGAGUCUCUGGACAAUGUCACGUACCAGAAAGCACUCCGAUCGUGGUCGAGGCUCAAGUUCGUGCGUGGCGGUCUUUUCACUGCACAGGAGGGCAUCGCUUACAUUGAUUACUUCUACGAACACUUGUCCCCAUUGACGCCAAUAAUCGUCCCAGACUACCAAGAGCAUAGUACGCACCCGAAGCUGCUAGCAGAUGAGCCUGUGCUUCUCGUGACGCUUCUGACGAUCACCUCACGGUACAUGAAACUGCCUGGUCCAGGUUCCGUCUCGAGGCCGUACCAAAUCCAUAUGAAGCUUUGGGAUUACUUGCAAAGUAUGCUCUCACGCUUGAUAUGGGGCCAGGAGCAGUUUGGCGGGGGAUUUUGUGGAGCUGGCGGCCAGCCGAGCAACGAGAUCAAUCCAUUGACUCGGAAGGGGUUGCGAACUCUUGGAGCGGUUGAGAGUUUGAUGCUCUUGACUGAAUGGCAUCCCCGUGCGUUACACUUUCCUCCGAAUAACGACGAUGACGAGCUUCUGCUCCCUGAUCAGACACCAAGCAGCCCCGAUGUAAGUGAUGCAGGCCUACUUCAAUCUGACCUGCUGAAAGGCGUCGGGGGCGGACGCAUCGACGCAUGGCUUGAGCCUUGUUGGCGUAGCGAUCGUAUCUGCUGGAUGCUCUUGGGUAUCGCCAUGUCUUUGGCGUUCGAGAUAGGAGUGUUCAACGAAGCAAGCGACCAAGAGUACCUCUCGGAGAACAUCUCAAGGCCGGUGUCGCAAGAAGAAGCCCAAACGUAUAUCCGUCGCAAGAACCAACUCAAGACUCUCCUCGUGGUGUAUUCCACUCAGACUAGUGGCCGGCUGGGACUGACGGCAAUGCUUCCCAGAAUGGAAGGCAAUUCCUCAAUUGCCAAAGCACCGGCACUGAGCCAGCUGGCCACCUACACCGCAGCACAGAUGACUUCGCCAUCGGUGUUUCGUCCGGCAGCUGCCGAGUUGAUGCCACAGUCGCCCACUCCGACGCAUGGCAUGAAUCGACAUGCCAUACAGGAUAGGGUUGUACGAUACUGGUCCGAUGUAGCCAAAACUUUUGAGGCUGGGAACCUUCAGCUAUUCGCCACCCGCCGACAGACACGAGAGCUUAUCAGUUCGGGGCGGUAUGUAGAGGUCCUCGAAUAUUUCCGUCCCAUUCUGCACGCGUGGCGCCGAGAAUUCGAUAGCUGUACCGCGAUUCCUCCGCGUAUGAGAUGUGUCCUAAUCAUAGAGAUUGAGUACAGCAGGGUAUACAUCAACUCGCUUGCACUCCAAGCUGUGAUUGAUCGAUGCACCCACAAUGCGCCCAAGAACCGAAAUGGCGCCAAUACGGCUGAUGGCGGUGCUAUUCCAUUUAGCGUUCUGCAACAAUGGACUGGCAAUGACCGGCAGUACGUCGAUGAGACCAUCGAGGGCUGCCGAACGGUACUCUCGCUCGUGGUCGAUCAUCUUCUGCCAAACGAUGCUCUCAAGCACGCGCCAGUGCGAACAUUCUUCAGAAUAGUGUCUGUUGCAAUCAUACUACUCAAGACGUUCGCGCUGGGCGCCUCUGAAAGGGAUGUUAGUAAUUCUCUAGGGUUGAUGGAUCGUGCCUCUGAGGCGCUGGCCGGAUGUAUUGUGGAUGAUGUACAUGUCGGCAAUAGAUUUGCGGAGCUGCUAAGCUCACUCACACAGCGCAUCAAGAACGGAUUCGUCCGGCUCCCGUCAGGAGGAGGCAAUGAUAGCAGCCGGGGUGCUACGCCAGGAUCACAACAAGUGGGACGCGAGCAGACUCCAAUGAUGCCUCCUCCGCCGGUCCGAUCAAACAGCGUGGGCUGGACCGGCUAUACCAACAAUCAUAGUCUUCCCAUGAUGGGCAGCCAGAGUCCGUCAAUGCAGAACAUCAGUGGCUGGGCCACGCCCAACAACCAAACAAAUCCGCUAUACGGCAUUUCCACCGAAACGUAUGACCCCACCAGCAAUAACGCGGCUACCAUCGUCCCGCCUCCGACAUACAGCAGCGGCUACGAGCAGAGCAACUUUAACAACGUGCAACAAAACGCGUUUCCGUUCAGCGUCGACAGUGCAAGUGAUGCGUAUGACUCUGGCGCUUGGCUUGCUCUUCCGCUGGACAAUCUUGUGAACAGCAAUGGCGCGGACGUGACGCAGACUGCGUACGGGACGGAAAUUGGCGGGUAUGACAUGCUGGAUGUCCUGUUGGCGGGCGACAUGGGCCCGUACUGA